AUGACAUCCUUCUCCCGCUCCGGCGACGCUGACGAGGUCAUCCGUCUCUUUCGCGAGCUCAUGCUCUGGCACCCCACCCCCAACGCUCUCUGCUACAACACCCUUAUCAAUUCCCUAGCGGUCGCCAACCGCUACGACCAUGUUGAUAAGUUGUUCGACGAAAUGGUAGCAUCCGGAGUCGCACCCACCACUGCCUCUUACACCAUCCUCUUAAAGUCACGGUCUUUCGACCCCAAUUUCAUCGAAUAUGCCUACAGGCUCAUUCCUUUGAUGGUUCAGUCCGGCUGCCAGCCGGAUACAUCCACCUACACGAUGCUCAUAGCAGGGCUCUGCCGUGCAAGGAGAAUGGAUGAGGCUUGGGGCGUCUUGGAUCAAAUGGUGGAGGAUAAGCUGCUUCCCACUGUGCAGUCAUACACUUGUAUUGUUCAGGGGUAUUGCUCGGAAGGUAGGAUCAAGGAGGCCAAAAGGCUAGUCGCCAGGAUGGAGGGAAUCGGUUGCCCACCUGACGUCGUAACUCAUGGCAUCUUGAUAGAAGCUCUUUGUGAGGCUGGGGAAUUCCAUGAGGUGGAGAAGCUUUUGAUGGAAAGUGAGAAGAAAGGCUGGAAGCCGAAUGAGGUGAUUUAUAACAUAUACAUGAAUGGUUUCUGCAAGGCUGGUAAAAUUGAUGAAUCAUUUCGGUUGUUGGAAGUUAUGCUAACAAAUGAGUUGCAUCCUACAAUUGUUACUCUCAAUAUUCUUUUUGAGUGUCUCUGCCGUGAUUCAAAAGUUUGGGAAGCCAAAUGCUUAUUGGAGAGAAGUGCUCAGUUGGGAUGGGAUCCUGAUGUCUUCUUUUACAACUCCUUAAUGAGUAGAUUUUGUAAGAUGAAUGAAUUGGUUUGUGUUCUAAAGCUAUUCAAUGACUUGUUUAAGAAAGGGAUCAGUCCCGACUCUUGCACAUUUACCAUUGUGAUCCGAAGCCUUUGCAAAGCCGGGAUGCUUCAACGAGCUAAAUGUUUAUUCAGCAAUAGCAGUUUUGCUGCUGAUGUUGUAGCCUUUAACACUUUGCUUCAUGAGUUUUACAGGGCACAAGAGUUUAACGAGGUGCGAGCACUUUAUAUAAAGAUGAUCUCUGAAAACAUCAUUCCAAAUAAAUUCACGUAUUGCAUGAUGAUUGAUACUCUUUGUCGAGAAAGACGUUAUAUGGAUGCUAUUGAUUGCUUUCUUAGAUCGUUGAUGAUUGGAUUCUUCCCGGAUCUUGUUAUUCGACUAAAUAAUUGGUUGGUGAAGGAUGGAAAGCUUAGAGAAAUACUAAACCUUGCUGAAGGACUAUUAUGCAGAGGCUUGGUCAUAGAUGUUUCUGUAUUCAGUGCAUUGAUCAGGGCAUUAUGCAAAGAGGGUUAUUGCAAAAGCAACGAUCUGGACAGAGUUUGUCUAUUACUUGAAAGAAUGUUGGGAAUGAAAUAG